UGUAUACCAUCUGAGGUCUUAAAUUAUGCGAGUCCCUACAUCAUUAAGUACAGGUGGUUUACCCCCUCGCUUCCCGCCAACUCUCAGCCUCGCCAGACAAGUGUGCCUGUCGACUGAGGCAAGCAUGGCAUUUAAAACCAGGGAUAUAUGUUGCAUUUCGGUCAAACACACACAACACGGCACAGGCUCAUGGACUCUGGACUCAACAUGAUGCCCUUGCUCACUGGGGUGGCGAUACUCUUCGUCGUUCAUACCAGUGCAAGUUCUCCGCCUCAGACUCAAUCGAGCAGUACCACCCGGCCAACGCCUAUCAUUGAUGACCAGGCUGUCGCAAACGUGACGGUGACACCGACACCUAUUAUUGAGGAUCAGGCGAAUAUAAAGGAUCACACAAGCAUCAUGGACAGCACGCAUGAAGAGCGAGAGAAAAGCCGGGAAGAUCAUUUGAAAUUGACUCGCAACUUCCUGGAAACCAACCCGGAGAGAGUAGAGGAUCACUGGAUGCACGAAGGGGACAUGCUGCUGACGCCGGAGCAGUGGCAAGCCAUCACGGGGAGGAAGGUGACUGGUAAUGUGUUCAGAAGAUGGCCAAAGAAUGCAGUUACAGGCCUCGUUAACGUCCCCUUUUUAUUCGCUGACAAUGAGGUGGAUCGAAGGGCGGUGUUCGCGGCAAUCAAUCACUGGGAGACGCACACCUGCAUACGAUUUCAUCUAACAGACAACACUGCACAGCCACACCUCCGCUUCAUGAAAGGACAAGGGUGUUACUCUUACGUGGGUCUCGUCUUUCAAACCGGCCAGGAUGUGUCAAUAGGAGAAGGAUGUACUAGGCUUGGCAUUGUGGUGCAUGAAAUUGGCCACGCGUUGGGAUUUUAUCACGAGCAGAGCCGCCCAGAGCGAGAUGAUCACGUGUACAUCAACACUGACAACAUUCUGGGAAACUAUCGCUCUAACUUCGACAUCGUACAUGCCAUUGAAAACUACAGCGUAGCUUACGAUUUGAGCUCUGUGAUGCACUACAGAUCGAAGGCUUUCUCAGCUAAAGGGAAUACGACCAUAGCCACCAAAAACCUGCGGUAUCAAAGUGUUCCCGGGCAGCGGGACGGGUUGAGUCACAGAGAUAUUCUCCUCGCCAACAUGAUCUAUGGCUGUACUGAUACGUGGCUGAAAAACUGUAAUCGUUCCUCCGAAAUUUGCCAGAACGAAGGCUUUACGGGAAGGGACUGCAAGUGUGUGUGUCGCUCGGGAACCUCCAGCCCAAACUGCGCCAAAGUUACGUUUGACUACUAUAAUAACCUUCUGCAGGAAUACACAGAGGUCGUCACGAAUGGGACAGUCAUUACGUCGCCAAAUUAUCCAAGCGAGUAUGAGAGAGGUCUUAAACGCAUUACCAAUAUCAUCGCCCCGAAAUGCUUCCGGCCAAAGAUCACCUUCAGCUACUUCCGCCUGUAUCCCAGACGCCCCUACUGCGGCGGGUACUCCUGCUGUUAUUUCGACUCCCUUGAGAUUCGCACUGAAGCCCCUUAUAGUCAAGGCGCCGUCUAUUGUGAUCAAGACAUCACCGCUGGACAGUCUUUUUCUGCCACGGGAAGACAGCUGGUUCUGUAUUUCGAGACCAUGAGCAGCUAUUAUCGCGGAUGGGCGGCCAACGUCACUUUCAUACCAGCUUCCUCCUCGAAUUGCCCAAAUGAUGUCACAGCUGGCCCUUCAACUCCAACCACUACUGCUGGCGCAACAACAACCGUAGCAACCGAAGCAAAUACUGGUACUAAAAUAACAGUAACCACAGUUCCUACCACACUCUCCACCACGCAUAUUAGCACAGGGACCACAACCACAGGGACCACAACCACAGGGACCACAAACACAGGGACCACAACCACAGAGAUCACAACCACAAGGACCACAACCACAGGGACCACAACCACAGGGACCACAACCACAGAGAUCACAACAACGUCUGCAGGCACAAUUCUUACCACAACCGAAACAUCCCUUCCCACUGACGGAGCCACCAGACGGCGGUGUUUGCUUCAGCACCUGGACGGCCGCUACUACUGGACUUCACCCAACUAUCCUGAUCCUUAUCCCAACCAUAUCCACUGCGGGCUGAGAGUAAUAUCGGAUGGCGGCAAGAUUGUGGUCAGGCUGCUUGAUUUCGACCUCCAGCCCAGGGAAUUACGCGUCUGCCACGACAAGUUGACCAUAGUAGCUUUGUACGACCAUGAAACUGAGCUAUGUAACACGCUUAAAUGGAGUCAGAGGGUUCACGUCUCGGCAUCGUUCUUUUACAUCAAGUUCUCGACGGACGAUAGAAUAGUCCGCCGCGGCUUCAACAUCAGCAUUGAGGGAGUCAGUUCGAGCUGCCACAAGACUAUCCAAGAGACUGCUGACUCCCAAGGUGUGAUCGAAUUGCCAGGCCUAUCUUAUUAUGAGAAGAAAGAAGAGCAUUGUGAAUACCGCGUCCAGGCACCUGAAGGCUAUCAAGUAAAGCUUACCGCACUCAAAUUAAGUACAGAUACAUCCAAAGGCUGCUGGAAAGAAUAUGUCUUGAUCAACCUGCACGGAGAGAGAAACUACCCGGCAGUAUCGAGCAUCAUUUACUGUGGAAGCCAAUACUACCAAGAGAUGAGCCACGUGACCACUGGGGGAGUGCUCUCUGUAGUCUAUAAAGGGAAGAACACAAUCACCAGAGGCAUGCGAGCCACCUAUUCCAUCACGGCAGACAUCUCGUAACGCAUUUUCUUCCUUAGCGUGUUUCAGGAACCAUUCCGUGGUUUCCUUAGGGUAUAAUUUUCAAUACAUUUACUAAUCCAUUUCAAUACUUUAGUAGGCCACAGGCAGACAGUAGAGCGAAAAGAAGUCAAAUGGAAAUAGAUAUUUGUGCUGAUGCAGGACGAGGCCGGUGCCCUGACUAGCCCAUACCACACUCAAAUUAUUCUCUCACAAAUAGAUAGCAAUGGUUUGAUGCAAAAAAAUACUUGUUUAAAGCACAUGGGAGAAAAUAGGAUGAUGCGAGACUUGACUUAGCUGAUGUUUGUUAGGCAAUAAAACAUACAUAUUUUUUUCAACUUUAAAUAGGCAUCUGUUGAUCUUAAGAAGAGAUGAGUUGAGCUAAGCAUAUCAGUGUUAACCUAGUCCACAACUAUGAAUAUUUAAAGUAUAAUUUCAUUCAUUAGACGAACGCAAGAUUGGUGACAAGAUUGCAUUUCAGAAAUAAGCGACACCCCUAUACAGCAAAUUCCUCAGUCAGGAGUUCAGCUGAAUCAACCAAGGAGUCAAGCUCGUUUGGGUGACAUACAGCUCAAUCCAAUAUGAAUCAAGUCACGUAAACAUAUAUCAUCACGCAGAAUAGGAAAUAGGAUGCAGUACACAAAUGUCUUUCACUAUCAUUACCUUACGUCUGAACCUGGCAGCUGCGCCGCUCGUGUGACAGGCCCUCAGGUGAUUAUCAGUACCUAUCAUAGAUUAUAAUAUUUUCCUUACCUUGUCCUGACGUCUGCCAGUCACGAAAGACAGCUGAUGGUCAACGAUCUUUUCCUAGUUGUGUAAACGUCAGUCCUGAUCCACCAAGUUAUCAAGGUGACACACAAAUUCGGCGAUCACCAUUGAUUACACUUAACACUCAAAAAAUAAGACACUGAAUGGAAAAAGAACUGUGUCUCUUUGUGGCACUGACGGAUGUAUGAAGUAAACAACAUUCACCUCAUUCA